AUGCCAAAACCAGGACCCGCCAGUCGCAGCAGCAUCGCCAACCUCAUGCGUCUCUCGCAUGUGGCCGGUUGCCCUUGUCACGGAUGCUCGGUCGCCCGCGGCGGAGCCAACAUGGCCCGUGCCGGUCUCAACAUGAUUAGCAAGCACAACGCGCAGCCCGGUGCCAACGCCCGUGGUUAUGCUACGCCCGUCGACAAUCUAGUCCAGAAGGAAUAUGCAUUCGAGCUCGCUGCCUCCAACGUCCGCUUCGGCGAAGGUGUCACUAACGAGGUCGGCAUGGAUUUCGCCAACAUGAAGGCGCGCAAGGUGGGCGUUUUCACUGAUGCAACCGUGCGCAACCUCACCGCAAUGAAGCAGUCCAUCGAAGGUCUCGAAAAGGCCGGCGUCAAGUACGAGAUCUUCGACAAGGUGCGCGUGGAGCCGAAUGAGUACUCGUGGGGCGAGGCGAUCAAGUUUGCACGCGAGAACGACUUUUCGCACUUCCUCGCGGUGGGUGGUGGAAGUGUCAUGGACACGUGCAAGGUGGCCAACCUAUUCACGUGUUACCCUGAGGCGGAUCUCUUGGAGUUCGUCAAUGCGCCCAUCGGACGCGGCACGCCCAUUGACAAGGUGCUGCGUCCGCUGCUGUGUGUGCCCACCACCGCCGGCACUGGAUCCGAGACGACGGGAACAGCCAUCUUUGACCACACCGCCACGGAGUCCAAGACGGGUAUCGCGUCGCGUGCACUUCGCCCACUACUCGGUAUUGUCGACCCGCUCAACACCGAGACUUGCCCUACCGCUGUCCACGUCUCUGCUGGUCUCGACGUGCUCUUCCACGCGCUCGAGAGCUACACUGCUAUCCCAUACACAGAGCGCACCCCCCGCCCGGCCAACCCGCUGCAGCGCCCCGCUUACCAGGGCCGCAACCCCAUCUCGGACGUCUUCUCCCUCUGGGCGCUCAAGCAGACGGUCAAGUACCUUCCCAGAGUCGCCCGCGAUCGCACUGACACCGAGGCGCGCGGUCAGAUGCUACUCGCUGCCACUUUCGCCGGUAUCGGCUUCGGCAAUGCCGGUGUGCAUCUCUGCCACGGCAUGUCGUACCCGAUCUCUGGUCUCAACAAGAAGUUCGGCAAGUACCAGCACCCUGGGUACGAGGUGGACCAUCCUAUCGUGCCCCACGGUGUCUCCGUUGCGCUGACGGGACCAGCGGUGUUCGAGUUCACCGCCCCUUCCGCGCCAGACCGUCACCGCGAGGUCGCUGCCAUCUUCGACGGCUACCAGAACGGGAGCGAGAGCACCGAUAUCUCUCGCCUGCCAGACGCAGAGGUCGGCGCUCUGGUGUACGACAGGAUUGCCAGGUUCUUGGCUGAAUUGGGCGUGCCAAGGGGUCUGGAGAAGAUCGGGUACAAGCAGGAACACGUCUCGGCGCUCGUCAAGGGUACCAUUCCGCAGAGGAGGGUUCUGGAUCUGGCACCCGGUAUCGGCGAUGUGAUGGGCAGCGAUGGCCACGAGCACCUCGCCCGGAUUCUGGAGAAGUCGCUCUCGUACUAA